AUGGGCGAAAGCGGUUCCGGCUCCCUCGCAUUCGAAACCCUCGUCAUGGUCUCGAAGUCUCUGAGCAUGCUGGAGGUUGGCGAAAUCUGUGUCGUCGGCUUCGGCGAAAAUGUCAACGUUGCACAUGACUUUGACACACCAUUCAGCUCUGAUGCAGGCCCGAAGGUAUUCCAGCACUUCGCCUUCGAGCAAAAAAGAACAGAUGUCACCAAGUUGGUGAGCGAGAGUAUCGGGCUCUUCCGCACAGCAAGAGCGAAGGCAAAUGGGAGUCCAGCAGACCUCUGGCAAAUGGAACUCAUCAUCUCGGACGGGGUGUGUGAUUCCUCCGAGCAUGAACCGAUUCGCCGCCUCCUUCGCGAAGCAUUAGAGGAGAGAAUCAUGGUGGUGUUCGUCAUCGUAGAUGAUGUGCGAAAUAAGAAGAAAGGAGAGAGCGUCAUGGAUUUGAAGGAGGCGAAGUUCGUGAAGAACGAAGAGACGGGACGCUCGGAUGUCAGGAUUGAGAGGUAUCUGGAUACGUUCCCGUUCCAGUAUUAUUUGAUUGUUAGUGAUGUUAAGGAGUUGCCAGGCGUCUUGGCGACGUUACUGAGGCAGUGGUUUGCGGAAGUGGUGGAUUCUUCGAGUUAG